AUGCCACAGCAAGCUAACAAAUUGAGUGUCCGCACACCCGCCACAGUGUGCCAGUCACUGUACGUGAUGCCGAUGCUUCUCCUGCUGUUGUUUCUGUGCUGCGCCAGUGUGUGUGUUGCGCAGAAGGACGGCGGCGUGCAGUCGACUGGUGUUGUGCGGGAGUUGCCCCGCAAGGGACAGAGUGGUGUGCAGGCGUACACCGUCGCCACACAGAAGAAGAACGACAAAGAGUGGAAACUGAUACGCAUUGAGGCGUUCACGAAGGACUUGGAGGACAAAUCGAAGUACUGUACGAAAGCUGGUCAGGAGGUCAUUGAUUUUGAUGGUAAAAAGGCCAAAUGUGAAGAAGCAGAGGUCCUCACUGAUGGAAGGUGCAGGGAAUAUAUCAACAAAAUUAUUCCUGCUGCCAUCAAACUGCACAGGGAUCGUCUGCUUGUACAACCCCAUAAAGGCAAAAUAAUCGUGCCCGAACUUGAAGAUGAAGGCCUCUGUGGGAAAUUCACUGUACCCGAAGAGCAC